CAACCCAACAGAUCCCAGAGAAAGGAUUACACCGUCUACCUUUCCUGCCCACAGGGACAUCAUGGCUCCGGGCCCCAGCGUUAGAGGGCCACUUGUGGGUCUGCUUCUGCAGCUUGUCCUUAUCUGCUCCGCUCAAAGGAGCCAAGGACCUGCUGGCCCUCCUGGACCUGCAGGUGUCCCAGGAAUUGAUGGCAUUGAUGGGGAAAGGGGAGCAGAUGGCGAUGAGGGACUUCCUGGCCCUGGUGGAGAUGCAGGCAAACCUGGCUCUUCAGGAUUACCUGGCAUUCCUGGAAAUGAUGGUUUGACCGGCCUCGUUGGAGAUCCUGGGCCCGACGGUCCCCUCGAACAGAAAGGAGAACCUGGAAAGUCUGGACCUCGCGGAGCCACUGGCGUUGGGCCUGAUGGACUGAUGGGACCACCUGGACCCGGAGGACUUGGGGGUGAAGUUGGAAAAGUUGGAACAAUUGGGUCCAUCGGUGUGAGAGGGCCACAGGGACCCCAUGGGCCAACGGGGGCCAGAGGUGCAGCUGGAAUGCAAAGCAGCGCUGAGCUGUGUCCAAACUCUUGUCCGCCUGGGACCUCGGGACAUCCUGGUCUUCCUGGCAUGAAGGGCCACAAAGGUGUAAAAGGUGAAGGAGGAGAACCCGGGAAACAAGGGCACAAGGGGGGGGAGGGAGACCAGGGAGGUGCAGGGGAGGUCGGCUCUCAAGGACCAACGGGUUCUCAGGGGAUUCGUGCAGCCAUGGGAAUGAUGGGCUCCAAGGGAGAAUUGGGAACUCGAGGCUUUGAUGGAAAUCCAGGUCCGCAGGGUGUUGCCGGGGCAACUGGGGAUCAUGGCCAGAGAGGCGUGACGGGCGAGCUCGGGCCUAACGGUGGGGCGGGCGUCCUCGGGCUGAGAGGGAUCACCGGGCUUCCUGGUCCCAAAGGAGACGCCGGCUUGCCGGGUGUGGACAGUCGCGAGGGUAUUUCUGGGAUGCCUGGAGCAAAGGGAAGCUUUGGGAAGGCAGGCGUGCCUGGAGAGGUUGGACUUCAGGGGCUUCCUGGUUUGCCUGGUGCACCUGGACCAAUAGGCUUGAGUGGCCUUAAGGGAGACGCUGGCCUGGCCGGCCUCCUGGGAACAUCGGGGCCUGCUGGCAAAGCAGGUGAUCGCGGAGAACAGGGCGAGCUGGGACCCGGCGGACCGAUUGGUGAACCUGGAGCUGUUGGAAGACAAGGCCCCAUAGGUUCAUCUGGCAAGCCAGGUGCCAGGGGACCCAAAGGUGACCCCGGCCUCUCCGGCCUCCCUGGUCCGUCUGGCCUGCCCGGGGUGAAGGGAGAGAGGGGAGAACGUGGAGAGGGAGGAACCAAAGGAGAACAGGGAACACAAGGGGAUGAGGGAAACCCUGGAGACAAAGGGGAGUAUGGUGACACAGGAGAAUCUGGACCUAAAGGAGAGGUCGGUAUCCCCGGUGAAGCUGGCAAAAGAGGUCCGGAGGGGAGUCGAGGCCAGCCAGGGAUCGAGGGGCCGCCUGGCACACCUGGACCGAGGGGCAUGCAGGGCAACAGGGGUCCACCUGGAGUCAGAGGGUCCCAGGGCCCCGCGGGUAAAGAGCCGAACGAUCAACACAUCAAACAAGUUUGCAUGCGAGUCAUGCAAGAACAACUGGCCCAGUUAGCUGCUAGUCUAAGGAGGCCGGAGAGCGGUGCCGCUGGGUUACCUGGAAAACCUGGCCCUCCAGGGCAAUCUGGUCCUCCAGGAGACAACGGCUUCCCUGGGCAGGGGGGAGCAAGAGGCCUUCCGGGACUCAAAGGGCCACCAGGACAUCUUGGACUGAAAGGACCCAAUGGUGAGAUGGGAGACAGGGGCUCCAGGGGGCCCACGGCACGAGGACCUAAAGGUCAGCCAGGAGUUCCCGGACUUCCUGGUGAGCCGGGCAAACUGGGCUACGGUCAGGACGGUCGGGACGGCCAGAGAGGACCUCCUGGCGUUCCUGGACAGUCGGGUGUACCCGGGCCUCCCGGCGACGCCGGUCCCAACGGUUACUGCGACCCGUCGGCGUGCAACCUCCAGGCAGGGGCGGCCCACCAGUCUCUGGAUGUGAAGGGGCCUGCAGGGAACUAAGGGCCACUCCGGCAUAGACAGACUCACUGUUGGACUCGCUCUUCCGGGCACACACCAGUUUUCAGUUUCUUUCCCAGGGCCCCUCGGUCGUGUGGGGCCUCCACCCGUUAGCCUCUCGUCUUGUGAGCAUGUUUUGUGCCGUCCACUUCUCCGUCAUCAGCCAGCCAGGAAAAAAAACAACAUUUUCUUUUUGCUGUGCUGCCAGAAUAUCGCUUCUUCUUGUUUUUCCCCCCCGAGAGAUGUUUUCACAUUACAGGAAGCUGUGCUCACAUUCAUGAGACGAAAGGACCAGAGAUGUUUGUUUAUUCCACUCUCCUUGCUCCCUCUGCCUGCAUCUAUUUUUUAUGCUCACCAUUUACAGGGUUCUUCCAUAAAAGCUCCUCCGCUUUCUCUCAGAACAUUUUGAAUAACCACCUAAAGCGAAGCCUUUUUCAAUUAUUUGGGUGUUAUGUACCAAAGAUAAACCCUUUCAAUAAACUUCUAUGUCUGGCUGUGUUCCGGCGUCGCUGUUCAAAACAAAAAGUAGAGAGGAUGAAUUUAUCAAGUCACGCUGACUUCAGUUUUUUGAAAAUGUUGUAAAUCUGUAAAAAAAUAAAUAAUUGUUUGAA